UCGUUAGUUUUAACAUAAUUAAAGUUCGGCAAUAGUGAAAAACAUGAUGUAUCUCGCUAUUUAUCUUUUCACAUGCUUUGUCAAGAUUACAAAUGUAUUUGCAACCGAAGACAGCCAACACUGGCAUGAGUUAGCGAACAAAGAACUGGAAGAAUCUCUUUCGUACCAUUGGAAUCUAAAAAAGGCGAAAAAUGUCAUUCUCUUUGUGGGGGAUGGGAUGAGUCCCGACACUAUUACGGCUAGCAGAAUUUAUCGUGGUGGUGAGACGAGUCGACUCGCCUGGGAGCAUUUUCCCCAUAUUGGGAUACUGAAGACUUACACUACAAAUCAGCAAGUGCCCGACUCAGCUUCCUCCGCUACUGCUCUCUUCGGGGGAGUCAAGACGAAUUACGAAGUUGUAGGAGUAGAUGCGAACGUGGAAUUGAAUAAUUGCGAGGCAAGCUUGAAUGCGAAUUAUCACGUGGAUUCGUUCAUAGCGUGGGCUCAAACAGCCGGUAAAGCCACAGGUUUCGUGACGAAUACCAGAGUUACUCAUGCCACUCCAGCGCCGCUUUACGCUCACUGUGCAAAUCGUAGAUGGGAGUGCGAAUCCAAAAUGCCUAAAAAUGCUACUGGCUGUAAAGAUAUCGCCAGACAAUUAGUGGAGAAUGAACCGGGGAAAAAUAUUCGAGUAAUUAUGGGCGGUGGUAGACAGGUGAUGAAAUCCAACGUGAGCGCGGGCGAAUUUGAUCCGAUAGAUACGUGGGCUUGCUACAGGCAAGACGGUCGUGAUCUCAUUGAUGAAUGGAUGAGAGAUAAGUCUAAUAGAAACUUAGCUUAUAAAGUCGUACAAAACAAUGAACAAUUGUCCCGGGUUGAUAUCGAUAACGUAGAUUAUCUGCUUGGUAUUUUCGCCAACGGUCACAUCCCGAUGGACUGGAAACGAGAACGAGGUCCGAAGGGACAACCGAGUUUGGAAAAAAUGACUGUGAUGGCUUUACGAAUUUUGCAAAAAUCCAAACAAGGAUAUUUUUUAAUGGUCGAAGGUGGUCUAAUCGACUUUGCUCAUCAUCGUGGUCAUGCCGCUCAAGCAUUGUUAGAAACUGUCCGAUUUUCGGACGCCGUUAACGCCACUCUUAGAAUGAUCGACCCCGAUGACACUCUCGUAAUAGUCACGAGCGAUCAUACGCAGUCAAUGAUCUUCAACGGAUACAGUCCUCGAGGUUCAUCCAUUCUGGGAAUCGCUCGAAAAUCUAAAUACGACGGGAUACCGUACACCACGUUAUCCUAUAGCACAGGUGGACCGAACAAUAUCGCUUACACCGUGGGCGAUGACGGUCAAGCCAAAAGAAUCGAUCCAUCCAAAUCGAACACUAGCGAUUUUACUUAUAGCCAGCAAGCUACAAUCAUAUCGGACGAGGCUUAUCACGGCGGUGGAGACGUAGCUGUAUACGCUAUAGGACCGUAUGCCCAUCUCUUCCACAGCGUGCAUGAACAGAACUACGUUGCACAUGUUAUUGCAUAUGCUGCAGGAAUCGGCGAGUAUUCUAACAACGCGGAAAUAUCGCACUACAUUCUGCAUCCAGUUGUUUUAUAUGGUAAUUUGAUCUUGUUAACUUUAAUCGUGUAUAAAUAAAUCAGUGAAGUUAAUG